GCCAGUUUUUGUAUGUUUGACGCUGUUCGUAAAAAAAAAUUGUUUCACUUUUUGUUUACGUAUUGGCAGGCUCGCGAUUCCAUGCUGGAUUGGAUCACUGGGUCAAGGCUGGCGAGAACGGCGCUGGCAAAACUUCCAAGUCUCAUCACACUGGCUACAGGGAAGAACCAGGGCUAUAUCAUGGCAUUGAGAGAAGACAACGGGGUUCCGGGAGUGUUUGCAGUAAAUGAAGAUGGGCAUGCACGAUUGCUUGUGGACACUGUCAGUGGCAAAAAAAUGAAGCUUGAAGAUGAUGUUGAUGUGUCAAGCGAAGGAGUUGUGUAUUUCAGUGACGCCUCAACCAAAUACGGUUUUGAUGAUUACGUGUUGGAUAUCCUUGAGGGACGGGCUUAUGGUCGUCUUCUCAGCUUUGAUCCAAAGACGAAUGCGACAAAUGUCCUCCUUGAUAGGUUGCACUUUGCCAAUGGGGUUACUCUCUCGUCUCAAGAAGACUUUGUCUUGGUUGCAGAGACAACCAGAUACCGUAUAUUACGCUACUGGUUGAAGGGCCCGAGGAUGGGCACCCAUGACGUGUUUGCAAACAACCUGCCCGGCCUCGUCGAUAACAUUCAGUCCAACAGACGAGGAACCAUCUGGGUCGCCAUCAGUAUGGUAGGCCCUACUACAGCCUCCCCACUCCAUUGCGAAGAGUUCGGUAUCUAACUUACAAACCCAAACAUGAAUUGCCACUCAAUACUCCAUCAAACCCUGAAGAAGAGAAUAAAGAAAGUGAGGUGUG